AUGGAUCAAAUCAGAAAUGGUACACCCAACUUGCUAAACCCACCGUCAUCAUCUUCGUCAUCAUCACUAACAGCGUCUACGAACUGCACAGUUCGUAACUUGAUAGAGGCCGUUGCGAAGAUAAGGCACCAGAAACAGUGUGCUACAGUUGUGAGAAUCCACAAAGCUGUCAGACAACAACUGCAGAAGAAUUUAGAUAUAGAAGAGGUCAUCCAACAGCUAGCCAUUGCUACCAACACAGGAGCUCUAUGGAGGGUAGAUAACAAUGGAGUAACUUCUUACAGAGAGCCUCCAAAGGGCUCAUCGAAGGAGCAGAUUCGCUGGUCUCAAAAAGAUGCAGUCAGGUGGUCGAACAAAGACUUACAAACACGUACAUUAGCUGUUUCACAUGUUAAGUAUCCACUUCCAGACCAGGCUACUUAUCCUAUGUCAGAUCCUUCGAUGUUUCACCACAUGGCCGAUCAGUUUACUUGGCCUGUGUCUGAUGCAAGGAGGUGGACAGAAUCGAUGGCUGCAUGGAAUAUGGUGGAGCCAGUGCGACAACAUUUGACUGAUUCUAUUGGAUGGCCCAUGAAUGACCCAUUGAAAAUGUCAGUGAAUGAUUCAACAAUCAACUGGCAGAAUGCAGAACAGUAUCGUCUUUCAAUGCAUGAGAAUUUUCCCUGGCCAAUGAAUGGAGAUGGGUUGGCUUGGUCGAUAUCAGAUCCUUGGAGAACAAUUGAGCAGCAGUUUAGAAGGAAUGAGUGUCCCAGCACGAGAAAUGUUAUGUUUGAUGGCAGCUUCCAACCCACUGAUGAAAUGCAAGAAAAAAAUAUUUUAUUGGCUGAAAGUAAUCAAUGGUCAAUACCUACUGCUGCUAUGGGCUCAACUGCUGCCUCUUUGGAAUCUAGGUCCCAAAAAAUGGCACCAGAUAAGGAGGCUUUCAACCAGCUCAACAGUAAACAAACAAAUGUUGACAAAAAUAAAAGUAACACUAAUUGUAAUCAAAAUAAUCCUCUUGAUAAUCAACUUACUAAUGAAUCGAUUGUUAAUAAUAACAACAGUUUAAAUGAUAUAAACAACAAUGUUAAUACAAUCAAUAAUAAUAAUAUCAGUUCUGCUAAUGAUCUUAAUGUCACGAAUAGUAGUAGUAACUCAAAUAUCACCAGCAACAACAAUGUCAACACUGGCAACAACACGGCUAAUGUGAGUUCUCCUCCAGUCAUCAACGACUAUUCCUUUCAUGAGCAAGCAUCAAAGCGUAUUCAUCAGUCUGACAUGAACGAUUGGCAUCAAAUGAAACAACAAUCACCUUCAUCUAAUAGAGUUGCUGUAGACAACAACACUCAACAACAUAACAGCGGUGACAUCAGCCUCAACAGCUCGCAUAAUACAAAUAACCAAACCAAUUUUUGUACUGGUAACAUGCUGCAAACCAGCCACAAUGUUAUUGCAUGCAACAACAUUGAUGCUAACAAUGCUAUUAGUGGUCAUAACAUCAACAAUGACACAAUUAUGUCUCAAAAUGACAACAGCAACAUCAGCAACAACAGCAUCAGCAACAUUAGCAAUUGCAACAAUGUAAACCAACAGUUCUUAUCAUCACUGCCUCAAGGUAUUGUAUCACCAUCAACUUUACAACAGCAACAAGAGAAUAGCAUCAACAACAUUAAUAAAAAUAACAACAUAAAUACUUACUUUGAAAGCCCUGAGAAAUGGGCUGGAAAUUAUACUGACCAUUUGGGCAGUAGUGAUGUCAGGGAUUACCGUGGUCAUUGUGACCAUAGGAAAGUUUUCAAUGACCACACUAACUUUACUGGUAACAUUAACCAAGAUAUUCAUAAUAGCAAUGGUAAUGAUAAAAUUAAUAAUAGUAAUAGUAAUGAUAAUAAAAAUAAUGCUGAUGAUGGUAAUAAUGAUGGGCAUAAUAGUUGUGCUGAAAGUUGUGAAAGUGAUAAAUUUAUGGAAUGUGAUUUGAUUGGUCAAAGUAUCAACUUCAAUUUCAAUAAUAGUAAUACUACUGCUACUACUACUACUACUACUACUACUACUAAUAAUAAUAAUAAUAAUAGUGGUAAUUGUAAUGAUAAUAAUCAUGAUAGCAAUUUUGUCAAAGGCAACUAUGAGCAGAAUAAAAAUGAAACCAAUAUGGAAAUUUCUGAUCACCCUUGUAAUAAUAGUAAUAAUAAUAAUAAAAAUAAUACUUGGGGUAAUGAUAAAGCUGAACAUGAUGAUAACGGAGGUGUUAUGUGCAUGGAUCAUGAUGGUAAUGUUAACGACGACCGCAGAGCUGCAAAUGAUGCCAAUGCUGAUUCUGGUCAAAUUCAAGAUGGUUAUCCCCUUAGUAGCAUUAAUGGUGAUGAAAAUAAUUUUGAUAUCAAUAAUGAUGACAAUAAUGAGAACAUUGAUAAGCCACCUGAGCUCGUGAUAUGUCAAUCACUCCAUUCAGACAGUCAGUCAUCGUCAUUGUCAUCACACAAGUUCACCAAUAAUAUUGGCGGUAAUAAUGAUGACGAUGAUGGAUAUGAUAAUAGUGUUGUUGAUAGUGGUUACACUCAUGAUGAUAAUGAUGCCAGAUCUCCACCUCAUCUAGAUGCCAAUGAUUAUAUUGAUAAUAUGGAGGGUGAGAAAAGGAGUGACUCAAACGUGACUGGUGUUGAGGCUAGUGUCAUUAAUAAGGGUGAUAAUGGUGCUGAUAAUAUGAAUAACUGCAGAAUUAUAUGUGAUAAUACUGAUAAGAUUAAUUUGAAAAAUGAAUGUAAUAACUAUAAAAAUAAAACAACUAAUAAUAGUAGUAAUCUCAGUAAUGCUAAUAACAAUGAUAAUAAAUCUGGUGCUUGCCCUAGUCUAGAUGGCAAGAAGAAAUCACCGGAAAAUCCCAGCUCCAAAAAUAAACUCUGGAAAAACCCACUUCCUAUACUUGAGAGAUUGACAGCAUCAACAUUGAAGAGCAGUUACUUUGAACAGCAGCAGCAGGUUGGUUGUUAA